AUGACUACCCUUCACUAUCUCCCCCCUGUCAAGCCCUCCGCUAUCGCCCUGGGCACCAUCUUUACCCACACUGCCUCCCUGGGAAUUUUGGCCCCAGUCUUUGGUGAUACAUACCACCGCGCCCAGGCUGCCAACUCCAAGGAAGAAUUCCUCAAGUCCAAGGAGGCCGCAGGUGCUGCCGCAGCUUGGGGAAGCUCUCUCGCUGGUAGCGCCAUCCAGACCUACGGUGUUGCAGCCUUGAUUAAUGCCACCGGUACCUUGAGCUACAAGGGUGCUGCAUACCUCGGGACACUCGUCUUCUUUGCUACUUCCGCUCCAGGUGUUGUGGCCCAAGUCUUCUCUGAGAAGCGGCCCCUGGACACCAUUGCCGUUGGUGCUGUCUCGCGCGUCUUCGAGACUGUGGGACUGAGUUUGUUCCUCACCUGGUGGGGAACACGCACUCACCCCUUUGACUAA